CUUUUUAAAAACUUCAGAGAAUCUCCACACUUCUUAUCCAUUAGAAGCCAUGAAGUCUUCUUCUAUCUUCUUCUUCUUCCUCUUCUCAUGGCAAUUCUACUUCACUCUCUCUCUCUUCAUCCACCAAACCCUAAACCUCAAAACCCUAAUAAACCCAAAAUUGUCUCUCCUUUUGCAACUUUUCGGAGAGAUGUGGUGCUUAGAACAGCAUCUCUCUGCUUCGUCUCUUUCAUCAUUCAAAACCCAAUUCAAGAGUCAUUAGCCGAUCCUUUGAAGUCUUCCAAACCGCUAAGACUCGGCAUUGCCAAUACUAAGUCUUGGUUCCAGUUCUUUGGUGAUGGGUUCGCUAUUAGGGUUCCUCCUGACUUUGAAGACGUCAAUGAGCCUGAGGAUUACUCUGCGGGAUUGUCACUCUAUGGGGACAAGGCAAAGCCGCAAACUUUCGCCGCCCGGUUCCAAACUCCUGAUGGAUCAGAAGUUUUGAGUGUAGUCAUUCGCCCUUCAAAUCAACUUAAGAUCACUUUCUUAGAGGCUAAAGAUAUAUCCGAUUUGGGAUCAUUAAAGGCAGCUGCAAGACUCUUUGUUCCAGGUGCCGCGACUAUUUACUCUGCUCGUACAAUCAAGGUAAAGGAAGAAGAAGGUUUAAGAAAUUACUACUUCUAUGAGUUUGGUAGAGAUGAAGAACGCAUAGCUCUAGUAGCCUCUGUGAACAGAGGGAAGGUUUAUAUCGCUGGAGCAGCUGCACCGGAAUCCAAAUGGAAAGACGAUGAGUUAAAGCUUCGAUCUGCUGCCAUUUCUUUCACAAUCCUAUAAUCGAAAAGGCAGCUUCUUCAUCUAACAGAAAACGCAAAACAUGCUCUCUAGUCGACUCAAAAAUGUGGAACUAAGAACAAACCGGCCAAAUGCGAUAACCGGACAUUGUUUUGAGACACAUUUUUCCAUUCAUUUUUGUUAUCUGUUUUCUUUGGUGAUGUAAUAUGUUCAUUGAUGUUUUGUAUUAUGAGAAAACAAAUCAAGAUUCUUUGUACAGCCAAAUUCGUAAGAACGUAAUUUUACUGAUUAUGCUGUCUA